AACAGAACGCGAUCUUAUUUGGGCUUAACUCACUCACCGACCCAAGCCACCAAAAGGGCCCAAUCAUCGUCUAGGCUGAGAAGACGCUGUGUCUGCGAGCAGACACCUCUCUCAUCCGACUGCGAAGUCCUCGUUUUGAUGUUUGGUUAGCAACGGACUUCUUAGGUGAGAAACCAUCGUCAAGAACACGAAAGACCCAGCUUCAUCAUCGUCUUCUAGAACCGGUUUAUCCCCUAAUUCAUUCUCUAGUUACGAAUUCUGCAUCUCGUUGCUGCUUCAGCACAAGGAAAGAAAGCUUUGCACCCACUUCUUCAGCUCACGGAAAGGAGCAGAAAGGGAUUCGAAGAGAGAGAGAGAGAGAGAGAGAGAGAGAGGUUGAAGGAAAGAAAGGUAUAUCCGCGAGCAGAGAGAGAGAGAGAUUGUUCUUUGGCUUCUGAAGAGGCGUUAAAGUCAGAGAGUGGCUUGUUGAAGAAUGGAGAACAAUGUCAGCAACAGUAAAAGUAUAAGUAGCAGUGGCAAUAACAUAGCUUUGAGCCAUCAGAAGAAGCCCUUUCAGGGUAUACGGGUACAGAAUCCCUUUACUUUCAAAGUGGGUCAAGUAUUCACUGGCUUCGGCAUUGGUUGUGGUCUUGGUAUCGGCGUUGGUCGCCCUAUAAAUCUGGGUGCAAUACCAGUGGUGAACCAAGUUAUGAGUGCCACCAGUGGUGCAACUUAUGCAUUAUCUGGUGUCACAAGGCAUAUCAACGACGGGCUGAGGAAACUUGGAGCGAAAAAUGUCGAAGCUGGUAUUGGAUGCGGAGUAGGCUUUGGCCAUGGAUUUGGCGUUGGACUUGCACUGAAGCCUGGAGUGAUGAAUCAGAUACAAUUUAGUGUACUACAACUCAUGACAAAGGUGAUGACAAAAUUUGGGAUGGCUCCCAAUAUAUCCAUUGGGCAGGGAGCCUUUCCAGCUUCUCUUCAAGCGGGCUUGAACAUGACAAACAUGCCCUCAAAUGCAAACCAAAUAGGAAAUCCUAUGCAGCUUACUCCCAAGUUAUCUGGGAGCAUAUCACCAGGACUCCCAGAAAUGGGAACUACGGGCUUGGGUUCUUCACAUGAAAGUUUUUCAGCCACGACCUUUCCAGAGGACCCGUCCAUUACCAGUCAAACAGAGAAGGUUAUAAACAACUUCUUGCAAAAUCCUGUUCUGAAGCAAGAGGACAGCAAAUUAAAUGAUCUGCUAUUUUCUGAUUGCAUGAAUUGCUAGUCAGAACAAAAUUGUCAAGUUAUAUGUUGGAAUGAUGUCCUGUUUCUUGUGUUGAUUUAGUUGAUAAGGGGCAAUGGAACCGUUGCUAUGGCUAACUGUAAUUGCUGCAGUAAUUUUCUUGGCUGCUGGUAGGUUUUUGUUUUCUUCAUAUGGGUGGGACUGCUGUUAAGUUCAUUUCAUUGUGGCAGUUGAAUUCAAUAUGCGGUAACACUGUUUCAUCUGUCUGCAAUGUUAACUUCAGAGGAUAAGAUCACUCAGGAACAAACAAUCUUCAGAGUGAAAUCGUUUAUGUUUUCUGGUUUCUUAUUGAAGAAAAUCGUUAGGGUGGAAGAAUAUCCUGAAGAGAUUUGUAUUAUAUGCAUCUGCACUAUAAUAUUUUGGAUCUGGAAUCAUAGAUGGAACUGUGUUUGGGAACCACGCAACCUUUGACGACAUUAUCCUUUAGUUCUUGAGCAACCACAAACAUAGUUGAGGAUAAGAGCACAAGUUUCUCCCGGUGAUUUCUAACUAACUUAAUUGCUGCAUCCCUUUUAGAAGAUUGCUGAUUGUUAUCAUUAUU